AUGAAGAAGUGUGCUAUUUGUGACGUACAGUUCAAGGAUGGAGCGCAGUGUGUUUGCUGUCGAAAUGACUUGGACUUUGGCUGUGCCAGUAUUUCUGAAGCAGGUUGGCGAAAGCUAGGCGCAGACAGAAGGGCCCAAUGGAAAUGUCCCAAGUGUAGGGCUUCCUCACCGGUGGUGUCUACUGAGCAGCCUGCCACUCUAGAUACAAUUUUAGCUGAGAUACGUGACAUGAAGUGCCAGCUUGAGGCCCUGCCUACCUUACUGGAAGAUAUACGGGAAAUCAAAUCCGAGCUGCUUGAAUUGAGGGACGCCUGUGCCCACUCAAAAGAGAGGCUUGAGGGUCUCAAUAAUAGGCUCACUGAACUCGAAGCUAAGUCUGUUAAUUUUGAUAAGGCCCUUGGUACAGCUAACUCAUUGCAUGAUGAUCUCGCUAAGGUGAAAUACGACUUGAACGCACAGGAGCAACGCUCGCGCUUAAAUAAUGUUGAGAUUAAGGGAGUCCCGUUGAAGAAGGACGAGAAUUUAUUUUCAAUAUUAGAGGCUAUUGGUCGUAAAGUCAAUUACACUUGUCCUAAGUCCCAGGUCAACUACAUAUCCAGGGUACCUACAUAUAACUCCAAUGAGAAGUUAAUAGUCGUCAGCUUCUUAAAUCGAUACAUCAAGGAGGAUUUCAUAGCUGCUGCCCGGUCAACAAAAGAACUGUCGGACAUACAAGGUAGCAAGCGCAUUUAUGUUAAUGACCAUCUUAGUGUGGACUACAAAAAGUUAUUAACACGAACAAAAAAUGUUUCUAAGGAAAAAGGCUAUGAGUAUGUUUGGGUGAAGCACGACGGUAUUCAGGAAUCGGAAAUCUUUGAUGAACGGUAUGUUGUAUGGCGUCGAGACCGAGAUUAUGCUUCUACUGUACAGAAAUUCGGAGGAGGUGUGGUAAUCGCGACGCGUAGGGAACUCGCGGUUGCGUCACAAACUCAUUUAUUUUCCUCAGCAGAAGACCUCUGCAUUAAAAUACAGCGAAAUACAUUUGACUCAGGUGACUGUACGAGCCUAUACCUUGGCGUCCUUUACCUAUGUAAUCAAAAGAAUGGACUCUCGUUUUAUUCUCAACUUAAUAACUUUCUGGCGAAAUGGAAUGAUCUAAUAUUAAAUAACCCUGCUGACCGUUUCCUUAUCCUUGGAGAUUUUAAUUUACCUCACAUCUCUUGGACUCCGUCAGGUGACGAUAUGCCACUUAUACCGAGUAAUUAUACAUCAAAUAAUGAGUGUCUAUUUGUUGAUGAAAUAUGCACCAUGGGUCUAGGCCAAUACAAUGGAGUUCCUAACGAAUUAGGUAGAAUGUUAGAUUUAGUUCUCUCGAAUGACUUAGUUGUUGUUCAAAAGUGUUUGGAUCCCUUGGUUCGCGAGGACUCACAUCACCCAGCCUUAUUGGCCAAUAUCAAAAUUUUAAAUAUCCCUAUUUUGAACUAUGCGCCUCGCCUUAGGUACUUAUAUAGUAAGGGUGAUUUCCAGUCGAUCAAUGAUGAAAUCAAUGCUAUUGACUGGGACUGCGAAUUCUCCUCUCGCUCAAUGGACGACUCCGUUGAGUUUUUCAAUAAUACUAUAACUGACCUUCAAAUUAAAUAUGUACCACGUAGACUUGAACGAAAGG